GUUGUGACGUCAUGUGCGUUAACCCUCGUGGAAGCACGUCGACGGAGAAAAGAAGGGAGCCGAACGCUAAUAAGUCAGUCUUGUUACUUUUUCUCCAGUUUGUAAAUAUUACCGUCGUAUAAAAUACAUCUUUGAGUCUUUAUUUAGGGAUAAGAUCGUCUCGGUGCGCGAGAAGCUUUUUGCCGCGUUUCGUGCUGACUUAGCUUAGCUCGCUAGUUAGCUUAGCUUGUUAGCUGCUAACAAAGACGCAGAAGUUGUCAACACAUCGCUAAGUAGAGAUUAAGUGUGAGUGACAAAGUGUUGCAAUUGUGUGAAAAUGUCUACAUUACACAUGUUGAGAGAGUUGGUGGACCAGCGACUAACUGCUGCCGCCCAAGAAAUAUUUGUAGUGUUGGAAAGAACGAUAGCAGAAUACGAGGCGGAACUUUCUAGAAUAAAGGAGGAGAAUAAUCAACUACUGGACGCUGUUUUCAAGAAACAUCAAGUUGUGCUGCACAGAACAGACGUCGCUGAUGAACAUCUUGUCCACCUGCGGGAGGAAGAACCACCACCCUUGUGCAUAAAAGAGGAAGAAGAGGUACCACAGCCCCUGAACAUUAAAGAGGAAGUGGAGGAACACGGCAUCAGUCAGGAGGGAGAGCAUAUUGAAGGACGGGCGGAGUCCCCAGCGACUGGUGUCCCUGUGAAGGGUGAAGAUGAUGAGGUCAAAGGUGAAAGUGAGGAGAAGAGAGAGGCGGAGCCUCCAACUCAACACAUGACAACAGAAGCUGAUGGAGACCACUGUGGAGGAUCACAAGCAGACAAGAUCUCAGCUCCACCAUCAGAUAGUGAGGACACAACCUCACACUCUUCUAAAACUGAUAGUGAGGACACGUCUUACUCUCCUGACACUGAUGAUGAAGACUCUAAAGAUGACAAGACAUGGGACCCGGACAGCCCUCCCUGGAAAUGUCCUCACUGUGACAAAAGUUUUGGCCUCAAAAAGUCCCUAAACAGACACAUGAAAAAUCACACCGGAGAGAAACCGUUCCCGUGCUCGGCGUGCAGUCAAGUAUUCAGCGUAAAAGCAGACCUGAUUAAACACGCCAUAAUACACACUCAAGAGAAACCUUCUUCUUGUUCAUUGUGCGGCGUACUUUUCACAAGGACCGAAAGUUUGAAAAGACAUAUGAGAAGGCACCCUGGAGUGAAACUAUUUGUCUGUUCGGUGUGUGGGAAGGACUUUCCUAGAAAGAACAGUUUGAACAAGCACAUGACAACACACAUGGCAGAAAAACCUUUUUCCUGCGAAACCUGCGGCAUGCGUUUUUCAAGGAAGGACAGUUUGAAAGACCACACAAAGAAACACACCGGGGAAAAACUUUUUUCCUGCUCAACCUGUGGCUUAUGUUAUUCUCGGAGGAACCAAUUGAAAGAGCACACCAGAACGCACACUGGAGAAAAACCUUAUUCCUGCGCAACCUGCGGCAUGCGUUUUUCAAGGAAGGAUCGUUUGACAGAUCACACGAGGAAACACACUGGGGAAAAACCUUUUUCCUGCUCAACCUGCGGCUUAUGUUUUACCAGGAGUGACCGACUGAAAUUGCACACCAGAACGCACACUGGAGAAAAACCUUUUUCCUGUUCUGUGUGUGAUGCCAAAUUCAACCGAGGGGAUUAUUUGAAAAUCCACAUGAGAAUGCACACCGGAGAAAAACCAUUCUCCUGUACAACCUGUGGUCUGUGUUUUGCAAUGAAGAGCAAUUUGAGGUCUCACACGAGAAUACACACUGGGGGGAAAGUGCUGAGUUGCAGUGUGUGUGACGAAAGAUUCUAUCACCAGUACCAACUCAACAAACACCAGUGUGCUGGCAGUAAAAUAGAAAAGCGCUCCGCGGACCUCAACCAGGAUCCGGAUGCUGAUCAGGACCAACACCGAAAUGUGAUCACUUGUUCCUUAACCAAUUUCUGACAUGUCCUGGCACUGAUAUUCAACCAGACUUUAGUUUUAUUUUGUUAUGACGCAAACUACCUUCCUGACAAUCAAACAAAGUUCCCUUUAGUGACUUUUCACCUCAAUAGCAAACUUGAAAAUAUGUAAAAUAGUCUGAAGUUGAUCAGAGGUUCUGCCUUCAAAAGCCGGCACAACCUGCUUUUCCGGGUCAGAACGUAGUCUUCUGUUCAAGUACACUACCCCUUCGUUUCCGAAUUUCCAGCUGUGCGCCUCGUCUCACCCCGCCUUUACUCUGCUUCCCUGACUGCCUCUUGGAUCUCGACCUCUCGCUUGGACACGGACUUUCUUCGCCCUGCUUUAGCCCCUUCACGACUUCCUUCCUGCUCACGGACCUCCCAAACUCUGCCUUGUCCCUCCUGAUCUUCCGCCCCUCGCUCAACACUACUGGUAACACUCAACAGCUAAUCUCCACACUUAUAUAUAUAUAUAUAUAUAUUUACAUAUAUAUACAUGUAUAUAUGUAUAUUUAUAUAUACAUAAUGUAUAUAUGUAUAUAAAAUACAAUGCCUGUCCUGGGCAUGAAGUUAAAGUGCAUCCGGCAGUGGAGGCUCCUCUAUGGGGUCUUGGGGCACUAGGAGGUUAACCCCUUUACUACUGUUACCCCAGGUGGCCCUUGGAAAAGGCCUAGUACCUGACUGCCCCUUAGCCAGGGAUGCGGUGAAGACCUCAACGGCGGAGCAGGCGAAAGGCGGUAGAUGUAUGAACCACCAUACAACCUUAUGGAGUGUCACAACGGCUGGGAUGGCGGAUGAAGGCUGCAGAAGAAAAGGGUCCCCCGUCGCCUUGGACUCCAUGCCACUGGACCCUGACCCGGGAUCAUGUGGUGACUGUGUGCACACCAGUGUCCCCACGUCAAACAAAGUCCCACACAGGCAUCUUCCAUAAAGGGAUACCCGCCUACCAGGAGGACCGUCAUACUCACUUCAAGUGACCACCGAUGAUGGUAUAUAAUACAUCAUAAAGUUUAAUACUAUGCCCCCUUGUGGUCUGUGCUGUCUACUCCCCCCUCCACCCCCACCCCUGUACACAAUACUUUUUUUGUGAUAGACAUUUUUGUUUGUACUAGCAAUUUUAAACCAGUGCUGUAUCCUUUUCAUGUGACCUUGUAGAAUAAAAUAUCUGUUUUUUCAUAAAUAAUGCUCUGAAUCUUUGAGACGGUCAACAAAAAAACAAGUCUAUUUUUUUAAUUGGUCAAUUGGUUCACUUGUCUCUGAUUGGCAAUCUGGGCACCCCAGUUCCAAGUUGCCAGUCAGGCUCCUUUUUAUGCCAGCCCUGUCCUUUGGUCAGUGCUGGAUCGUUGCUUGCCCUUGCUUCCUGAUCGUUGUUUCGCUUGCGCCUGUAUUGGCAGGUUUCCCGUGCACUCCCCAGCUGCACCGUUUCUACCUUGCUUUUCACGUAGAGUAAAGUGAACCACUGAACAUAACAACAUGAAUGUACAGUAUUUACCUUGGAGACUGGCCUUCCACGGUUUUGUCCCUCCAGCUGCUUCUUAGUCAUACAUAUGUCAGCAGCUUUUACAUACUUACAUGGAUAAAUGUUUGCCUUUUAAACGUCUGUUCUUUCAGGAUAAGAAAACUUGUAAUGUUGUAUUCGUAAGUCUUGGGUAAGAUGAUCAAAGUGUUAUUCGACAAUCAAACACUGUUGUUAUGCUAAUUGCCAUUGUAUUAUUAAAUGAUCAAUUAAAUUAAUGUCAUGGCACAGCAUGUGUAUGUAUGUAUGUAUGUAUUUAUGUAUGUGUAAAUACAAACCCCUUUUCCAUAUGAGUUGGGAAGUUGUGUUAAAUGUAAAUAUAAACGGAAUACAAUGAUUUGCAAAUCCUUUUCAACCCAUAUUCAGUUGAAUGCACUACAAAGACAAGAUAUUUGAUGUUCAAACUCAUAAACUUUUAUUUAUUUUUUUGCAAAUAAUAAUUAACUUAGAAUUUCAUAGCUGCAACACGUGCCAAAGUAGUUGGGAAAGGGCAUGUUCACCACUGUGUUACAUCACCUUUUCUUUUAACAACACUCAAUAAACGUUUGGGAA